AUGAAGAGUGUGAAGGCAAAUACCUUGGUGCAUUUCUACAAGCAGCUGAAAACGGUCUGGAGCCCCCCAGCACGACCCUGCAGCCUGGCCACCUGCACCCACCGGAGCAGGAACGGUGCCUUGCAUCCACUUUGGCAGAGCCCGCUUACAGUUCCCGGGGGCACCCGCCAGUCUCCUAUCAACAUCCAGUGGAGAGACAGUGUUUAUGACCCAUUUCUGAAGCCUCUGAAAAUCAGCUACGACCCAAAAACGUGUCUUCACAUCUGGAACAAUGGAUAUUCAUUCCUGGUUGAGUUUGAUGAUUCUUCUGAUAGAUCAAUAAUUGUUGGAGGUCCCUUGGAAAACCACUACAGGCUAAAGCAGUUCCACUUCCAUUGGGGAGCUAUAAAUGAGUGGGGCUCAGAGCACACAGUUGACAGUAAAUUUUACCCAGCAGAGUUGCAUUUAGUUCACUGGAAUGCUGUUGUGUACCCAACUUUUGAAGAAGCUGUCAUGGAAGGCAACGGCCUGGCUGUUAUUGGAGUGUUUUUGAAGCUGGGAUCACACCACGAGGGGCUGCAGAUACUGGUGGAUGCCUUGCCAGCAGUUAAACACAAGGACACUGUUGUGGAGUUUGAUGUCUUUGAUCCUUCCUGUUUGAUACCUUCAUGCCCUGAUUACUGGACCUACGCAGGCUCUUUGACAACUCCCCCCCUGACCGAGUCAGUCACGUGGAUUAUUAAGAAGCAGCCAAUAGAGGUCGAUGAGAAUCAGCUGGAGGCGUUUCGGAUGCUGCUCUUCACUUCAGAUGGUGAGGAAGAAAAGCGCAUGGUGGACAAUUUCCGCCCCCUGCAGCCCCUGAUGAACCGAACCGUCCGUUCCUCCUUCCAAAGCAGGCACCUCUUGCAUCCUGAAGCACAGCCCCAGGACCGUGCUGAGCUGAUCAGGCCAUGA